AUGAAGUAUAAGGAACUACCCUACGUUAAACUGAAUGGAGCUGAUCUCGAUGGUGAAGAAGUGCCAUUUCGAUCGCGGAAAAGUAAUCAUAAGUGUCUAUUCAGAAAGCACGCUAGCAUCAGUUGUGAGGUAUUGAAUCGCGUUGGGAGAGAAAAUGCAAUGAAUGCCCAACCUCGAUCGGAUUCAACAGAAACUAAUCGCAACAAUUACUUACACACAGAUGAAUUUCACGGUGAUAGACCCGGUACUAGGUUGACUAGGAACUCUUUUUCAUGUGGAGCAACAAGAGAAGAAGGCUCGGAUGCACCUUCGAUUGAUAUGCAAGCAAAAUGUUCCAUUGAGAAACAAAAGGGGAAGGAAACGAAGAUAUAUGAAGUGGUUUAUCAUUACAAAAAGGCGAGAGAAGAUGAAUUAGAUUUAGCUGAAGGAGAUACUGUUCGUCUCUUGACUGAAGAAACAGGAGAAAAGGAUUGGUGGUAUGGAGAGAAAGAGGAAGGUGUAAAGGGCCUCUUCCCUUCCCAAUACGUUAACUUGAUUGGUCAAGAGGCUCGGGAAAUUCCUGCCGGGGAGAUUGAGCUUAUUACGGGAGAUUCGUACUUAGGCCGAGGUGCCUUCGCAACUGUAAAAAAAGUUUUAUACAAAUCGAAAGAAGCUGCUUUAAAAAAGCCUUCGAGAGCAGAAUUUUUUAAUACUUUGAAAAAAGAGGCCUUAAUGAUUAAUCGUUUCAAACAUCCUCAUAUCGUCGAGCUUUAUGGAAUUUCAACUGUUGACCCUCAAGGGCUAGUAUUAGAGCUUUGUGAAGGCGGAUCACUGAAAAAGCUAUUGAAUGAUCUGAAAUCUAGAUUUGUGUCUAUUAGAGUGCUCGUGGAAUGGGCUAUUCAAAUGUCUGAUGCUAUGAAGUUUGUCAUCCAAGCUCAUUGUAUUCAUCGAGAUCUGAAAACUGAUAACAUACUGAUCAAGGAAAGUAUUUGUCUCUGUAACUUGUUAACAGCUUCGCGAAACACCAUUCUCACAGAAGAGUUUUACAAUUUGUCAGACGAAUUGGAUAGGCCUCAGUGUGAUUGCGGGAGAACUCCUCUUUCAAGAGUAACGUUGAAACUAACAGAUUUUGGAUUGACCAAAGCUUCCAGAGAAGAAGAUGAACUUAAAAGGCAAAGCCAGAACAUUGUAGGAACGUUAGCAUAUUUAGCUCCAGAAGCGUUUAGUAAACAGCAGUACUCUGAAGCUUCCGAUGUUUGGAGUUUUGGAGUUAUACUUUGGUCUAUCUUUACAAAAGAGGAGCCGUACAAAGAUUCAGAAAUGAUUUGUGCUUUUGAGGUUGCAACAAACGGCAUGUCAUCAUUAGAGAUUACUGACGAAUGUCCGCAGCAGUGGAAAGAUAUCAUUCUAUCUUGCUGGCACGCUCUCCCUCCGUCACGUCCGAGCUUUGCCGAUUUGAAUGAAAGGUUUAGUCUAUACAAGAACAACUUACAAGCAGACGAUAUCACGCAUGCCGAAGAAGCCACGGUACAUAAGGCUCAACAAGCAGUUGCCAAUUUCAUUAGUCGAAGCAGCAUCAGUAGAGAGAAUCAUUCAAUCAAAGAUAAGAUGGAAAGCAAGCUUCUAGAGAUUAGUAAGAUUAUCGAUCAAGCAACCUCUGUACUUGACAAGAAGGAUAAACAGGAUAAACUUCCCUUCCAGUUACCAAGGAGGAAGAAAAUUGACAAAAAUCAAAUAGGAAGUCCAGAAAAACUGAGACAUUUGUACUCUGUUAUCAAUCCAGAUAAUCGAGCACAGCCUAGCCGAAAUGCGGAAAAUGUUAUAGUCAUUCCGAAUGGAGCGGGCCAUUGGAAAUCAAAUGCAAAGUUUUCGAACAGUUCUCCUCAACUCAAUAUGUUGGGUACCGAACCACAUUCUUUGAAGCGCUCGGAUGCUAUCAAAAGACGCAUUGGAGGAAAGCAUGGGUUAGAAACAGAGUUUGCUUCAGUGGAAAUUGCUGCAAAUGAUGAUAUUGCAAGUUGUUCGAAUGCUGAUAGAAUUCCUACCCUCGUUAAUUCACCACCGCGAAGGAACAGUCCAACUAACGCAAAUGUUAGGAGAAAGUUUGUCAAUCCUUCCCCCCAUGGAACAUUUGGAGUGGCUAAUGUACCUAUCCGUCCGGCGCCUAGGCCCAACGUUGCUGCUCCUAGGAAACAUCGAGAACUAACAUUGAACGACGCUAUACCCCCGAGCUCGUAUAAUCAUAACAAUACAGGCGAUCGUUACAUCCCGUUACAUUCUGAACCUUAUGCGUUAAAUACAAUCCUGCCAAAGAAGCCAGUAGAGCAAACGAAUAUAUCUAUGUCACCGCCCACGCACUCUGCUCCAAACUUUACUUGCGGACCUUCUACUAUUAUUCCUCUACCGAGUACUCGUCCUGCUGGUCAAGAUGAGAAUCCAUACUUCGAUUGUGGAGAUGCCCCGCCUGGUGUUCAUCGAGUUGUCAAUAAUACCUAUUUAAAUACUUCCGCAGCCACUAGUCAUACUCCUGUAAUUAAUCCUCAUUAUAUUUGUUUCCAACCGGUUCCUAACAAACGUCCUUCGAAUCUGGAGAACCGAAGGGUGACUCCGAUAAAUAAUUCUGCAUACGUAUCAUUAGCUGAUCAAGCUCCUCAAACUAUUGCUCCACCACCACCACCAACCCAGUCGGCGAUCUCACCGCCCGUUAUACCUCCAAGGGAAGGAACUGUAGGACUACCACCAGUUCGUCAAGUCGCUUCUUAG